AUGCGCCGCGAAAUCACAAUUCGACCCACAUUCAAAGAACUGCGCCUCGAACGCCAUGACCAGUUGUUGAACUAUUUGCCUAAGAAAAUGUUUCAUCCUUGCGACGUGAAUCAGUGGUUCCGGCAACUCGGUCUCGGAGGACUCGCGGAACACGACUCUUGUCCGAUUCAGUGGAGCGUUGGGCCAGCGCAGCACGAGAUGCUCUUGUUACCGGACAAUGCCGAUGAGGUGCUCAUCAUUCGACAUGUGCAUCUCUCCAGAAUCUGGAUGCUCGAAUGCACUGUACAUGCUUUACGAAGCAUCAAGGAAGCAGCCGACUUUUUGCUGGGCAUGUCUGCGAUGAUUAAUUGA